CCUAGCUGCUUGAUGCCAUCAGUGACCUCCGACGCCCAGGGCAAAGGGGGGGAACCCCACGAGAGGUAAGGGGAGGAAAGCCCCCCGCCGCUGAGACACCCCGACCCUCAGCACCUGCAGCCAUGUGCGAGCUGUACAGCAAGCAGGACACCCUGGCGUUGAGGGGGAAGCACAUCGGGCCCUCAUGCAAAGUUUUCUUUGCCACGGAUCCCAUCAAAAUAGUGCAAGCCCAGAGGCAGUACAUGUUCGAUGAGAAGGGCCAACGGUACUUGGACUGCAUUAACAACGUAGCCCAUGUGGGCCAUUGUCACCCCGAAGUGGUCAAAGCUGCGUUAGAACAGAUGGAGCUGCUCAAUACAAACUCUCGAUUCCUCCACGACAACAUGGUAGAGUAUGCCAAGCGCCUUUCCGCCACCCUGCCAGAGAAGCUCUCCGUUUGCUAUUUCACCAAUUCUGGAUCUGAAGCCAAUGACUUGGCUUUACGCCUGGCUCGCCAGUUCCGGGGCCACGAAGACGUGAUCACUCUGGACCAUGCUUAUCAUGGCCAUUUGUCUUCUUUAAUUGAGAUCAGCCCAUAUAAAUUUCGGAAGGGCAAAGAUGUGAAGAAAGAAUUUGUGCACGUGGCACCAACUCCAGAUACUUACAGGGGAAAAUACAGAGAAGAUCACCCAGACCCAGCCAGUGCCUAUGCAGAUGAAGUGAAGAAAAUUAUCCAAGCAGCUCAUAACAGUGGAAGGAAGAUUGCUGCCUUUAUUGCCGAAUCCAUGCAGAGCUGUGGUGGCCAAAUCAUUCCUCCAGCAGGCUACUUCCAGAAAGUGGCAGAGUAUGUGCACAAAGCAGGGGGAGUGUUUAUAGCUGAUGAAGUCCAGGUAGGCUUUGGCCGCAUUGGGAAAUAUUUCUGGAGCUUCCAAAUGCAUGGGGAAGACUUUGUCCCAGACAUUGUCACAAUGGGGAAACCCAUGGGCAAUGGGCACCCAGUGGCAUGUGUGGUGACCACCAGAGAGAUUGCAGAAGCCUUCAAUAACUCUGGGAUGGAAUACUUCAAUACGUAUGGAGGAAAUCCAGUAUCUUGUGCUGUUGGUUUGGCUGUCUUAGACAUAAUUAAAAAUGAAGACCUUCAAGGAAAUGCUACACGAGUAGGAAACUAUCUUAUUGAGUUACUGAAUAGACAGAAGGCUAAACACACUUUGAUAGGAGAUAUUCGGGGUGUUGGCCUUUUCAUUGGAAUUGACUUAGUGAAGGACCAGGAGAAAAGAACUCCAGCCACAGCCGAAGCUCAACACGUCAUCUACAGAAUGAAAGAAAGCCAGGUACUCCUCAGCGCAGAUGGGCCACACAGAAAUGUGCUCAAGAUCAAACCACCCCUGUGCUUCACCGAGGAGGAUGCAAAGUUUAUGGUGGAGCAACUCGAUGGCAUCCUGACAGUUUUAGAAGAAGCCACAGGGACUGAAUGUGAAAGUUCAAUCUCUGCGAAUACUCCAUGCAGAACAAAGACACCGGAGGAAAAACAUGAAGGCCUGCUCAGCACUACCGCCACUGACCACACAGAAAAUCCCAGCAGAAAGAGAAAUGGCAUGUGCCCAAGCAAGCAGGCAUCACUUAGUAAGAAGCUCAAAACAUGACAGAUGAACAUUAUAAAGCAAGAUAGAUGUCCUGUCUUGUGAAGGAUGGGGGAGGUUUUUGUCAUCUCUUAACAAUCCUAUUGUACCCUUGAAGAGUUUUCAUUCUGUUUAGAUUUAUACAUAAAAAGGUAAAUGAGUCACAAGAAUAAACCAAGUAAUAAACUACGUCAAGAUUUUCAGCAGAGGCCAGCUGUGGUUUUGCACAUCUGUAAUCCCAGAUGCUGAAGAGGCAGAAAUAAAGAGGAACAUAGUUCAAGGCCAGCCUGUGUGAAAAAGUUACUAAGACCCCCAUCUUGACCAACAUAUUAGGCAUGAUGUUAUUCCAGCUACACUGGAAAUACAGGUGCAAAGUUUGAGGUCCAAGUUGUCCCUAGG